UAAGAUCGUAUCAUAUCAUUGCCUCAUCAAUUAUUAAAUGUUGAAUAUAUAUUAGGGCAACUUUCUGCAAUACACCAACAAGGAGUUUCAAGUGAUUCUAUAUCAAGUAGUGAGAUCAAAUUCAGAAUUUCAAAAUGAAAGUGGUCUUUACAGCAUGCCAAACCCUGUUUGUCUUACUGAUGACCAGCAGAUGUCUCUGCCUAUUAAGACUUCCGUGCAAAUUCUACGCUGACUUCAGCAUUAUCCUGAACAAUACUGCUGACACAGGGACAGUCAUGAAAACAAUUUCUUCAAGGACAGUGCGACAAUGCACGCUCAAAUGUCUUUCUUGGCCUAAGUGUCUCUCUUUGAAUUACAAUCGCGGGAGGAUGACUUGUGAGCUACUGGAAAGAAGGUUCAACGAGAGCGUUGCAUUGUUGACGCACAGGGCGGACCAGGUGUACAUGACAACAGGCGAUGGGAAAAUAAAUGACGGACCUGUUUGUGAGAUUAAAUCUCCUUGCGAAAAUGGUGCAAAGUGCAAAGAUACAUGUGAUGAAAAGGGGUACAAGUGCAUAUGCGCCCCACUUUACUAUGGAACACAUUGUGACAAAUUGAAACAAGAUUGUGGAGACGUGAAAAAGUCUGGACAAACAGUAAGCGGAGUCUACGAAAUUAAACCGGAUCACAAUUGGAAGGUCAACGUCUUUUGUGACUUUGUAUAUGGGAGUCAAGACUGGAUCGUCUUUCAAAGAAGAAUAGAUGUCAGUGUCGAUUUUUAUCGAAACUGGGCGUCAUACAAAAAUGGAUUUGGGGAUACGAGUGGAAAUUUUUGGAUUGGACUUGAUACGUUGCACAGACUGGCUGCUCCAGGAAGAGGGGCUAUUCUACGGGUCGACAUGAAACACCGCAACAGCCCAACAACUCAGUAUUAUGCAGAGUAUUCUUCAUUUGAAGUUGGUGACGAAGCAUCUGCUUACAAACUGCUUUCACGUGGAUACUCAGGUAAUGCUGGUGAUUCCAUGGCGCUUCACGAUGGCAUGAAAUUCACAACAUACGAUCAAGACAACGAUAACAAUGCUAAGAAUUGUGCAAUUGUCUGGAAAGGAGCCUGGUGGCACAAUUCAUGUCACCGUGUAAAUUUAAAUGGACUUUUCCCAACAACAAGCACAACAAGUGCGACGUACAUGGGUUGGCAUGGAAUUGGAAGUACAGGCAACGUAAUAUUUUCAGAAAUGAAGCUGAAAUAUCACAGGGGAUCUCGAUAAGACAAAGGAAUCCAUAAAUUUGAGGAGGUGCGGUGAUUUUUUGGUUGAUGACAAGAGGAUUUUUAGAUAAACGUUAACGAAAAUCGUUUUGAAGAUGAUUAUGCAUCUUCUAGUGUGAAUUUGUUGUUGCUGUUGCCAGCAGCAAAGGUGGUGUAAAAAAUUUCUAAACACAUUUAUUUAGACAAAAUGAUGCGAAUGUAGAUAUGAUAAAAUGUCGCUUGACACCCGGCAGGCUCAGUCAGUUGGUCCAAUGAAUAUGAUGUGUGUUCCUGAAAGUAGAAACUGGACCCUAGUUUCGGAUUCUGGUUUGCGUAGAAUGUAUCAUUUUCUCUGACUUUCCAAAAUUUCUGUAACCCUUUGCACUGGGAAUUUUCAAGCUUGAUCGAGUAUUUUUGAAACCAAUUCAUGUACUUUUUAAAAUUAUGUCAUUCUACUUUUUAAAAUUAUGUCAAAUUAAAGAGCAGAAUUCACUAAAUUUUGAUUUUAACAAUAAUUCCUUGUGGUUCUUGAUAUGUCAUCAAAAUUAGACACCUGUAUACCUUCAACAUAUUGCUUACUUCACAACAAUUUUUUCAAAGUUUUUUACAAAGAAGUUGAAAAGUUGUGUCAAAGUCAAAAUAAUACCCUGCAACGAGUACAAACUAGAAAAGACUUCAACAAAGACCUAAUUUUUUAUCUAGGUUUAGAACAAUAAAAAUAACUAGAUGCUACUGCAAAAUUUAUGGUACUUCAAUAGCCAAUGAUUUAUCAAGAAAAUAACUGUAACAUCAUAUCUAUAGAUUCCUACCUUUUUUGUGGUUCCUCUGACUGAGUAAAACGGCAUCCCAAUUUUCAAAAUUCUUUGUCCGAGAAUUCUAGCUUUCAGACCAGCCUUGCUCAGAGUUUUUCGGAACUCACAUGAUGUACGUUUGACCAACUGAUUGAGCCCUCCGGUCCUUGACAUGGCUCUGACAACUAGGUAUUUCUUUAAUUCAAUGCUCUGAUUUUGUCUGCACGUCUGUUUGUGUUGUAUCUCUGCAACCCCCUUCAAAUGGCGCUUGCUUCCAAUGCAAGUAGACAAGCGCCUUUGGCACUUUUAAGUGGAUAACAUAACCACUUCACCCAUGUUUCAAUAAGGAAAGACCCAAAAAAGAAAUGUUUUAUCCUAUUUAAGUUAAUGCUAAUAGAAAUUGAGCAUCUGCUAAUCUCAAGUCGACUAUUAGUGUCCUUAUGGUGAUUUAUCGGUCAUGGAUAUACAAAAUAUGCGUACAGUCUCCACAAACAACAUUCUAAACAACUAUAACAGGGCCUCCGACGAAGGGGGGCCGGGGGAGCCUUGGCCCCCUCGCAUUUUUGCAAAACAAUAGAGUUUUUUUCAAAAUCUUUUGUUAUGGGUGUUAAAUUUUCCCUUGGCCUCCCCACUUUUCAACCUUUGUCGGAGCCCAUGUAUAGAGUACACGAAUAUUUUGUGCCAGCUGGCGCAAAGAUACGUUGCUGUUCCCCUUUCGGCUGUUUUUGUUGUAGCUUGUAAAAACCUGCAUCGAAACAUAACUUUGAUUUGUGUAGUGGGAGGAAUAUCCUUUGGUUUGCAUGCAUUUUGUUUUAAAUAAUGAUUCUUCGUCUAUUUAUCAAUCAAUAAUAAAAAAUUAAACUUUAUUAGCAUAUAUAAUUUGCCAUUAGAUAAGCUAUCAAUUGUUCUGGAUUAAGAAAAAGUUUGGUCAGGUGCUAUUACACAAAAACCUAUCUAGCUAUGGAAUAAGUCUCGUCAAUUCAUCUGGGCUUUUUUCAAGAUUGGGCCUAAUGCUGCCGCACCGCACCAGUAGUACAUCUUUUAAUCCGAUCCUGCGUAUCAAAAAUUAGUUUUCUAAUUUUACAAAGUCUAUCCAGAAGAGAAGCAGCCGAGAAUAUUCAUUUAAGGAAUGACGUCACAAGAGAGGCUAAAAGACACCUCAGAGCUGCUGUUAAGACUACACAUUUUCUGUCAAGAAUAAGUCGAGGAAAAAAUUAAAACACGAUGCAAUGAAACGAUAAAUCUGUGUGUAUUUUUGCAGAAAAUCAGCCGCGCACUACACUUGCAGGUAUUCGAAAGUAGUUCCAAGAAAAUAGGAGAAGACACUGAUGUAAUGGAUAUUAUCAGUGUAGCAUGCAGGCACGAAGUCAAGGUGGAGGGCAUUAACCGCCCAACUUGCGCCUCUGUGCCCGUCCAAAAAUUUUAGGUUGAACAAAUGUUAUUGUCUAAAUCCUUAGGUGCCUCCCCGCAUGACUGUCAACAAACAGUCGGUCACAAAUAUAUAUCUAUGGUCACACAGUAAGUCUGUGCAUUCUUGGUUAAAACAAAUAUCGACUAUGCACCAGUCCUCGCGGUGUUCUAUCGAGGCGCUUAGCUCAAUCGAGGCAAUUGUUGUUGUUGCUGCUGUUGCUUGUAAGCCAUUGUAUUAAUUUAAUAAUUUUUAACUCUUAAGUUGUAAAUGCUCUAAUUUGUCAGGGAUAGCCUGGCAUAACGAGCUUUAUUUAGCUUUAUUAUUGUAUUUAUAUGAUAAUAAUAAUGAAUGAUGAUGAUGAUGAUGAUAUGCUUAAGCCCGCGUUGCAUGCUCGUUUCAUCGCAGAGCAAGGUAGAUGCUCGAUGCACCCCCAAUGAAGACGCCAAGCUGCAAAACGAGAUUUUAAAGAGACAACCUUGAUGUCACUGCAGUGCAGUUUGAUGACUUUUCAAAUGUUUAAAGGUUCCAAACCCAGGGGCGUCACUUGAGGGGGGUAUGGGUUCACCUCCCUAGCCACGAAUAGAGAACAGUCUCGCAGGAAAAAACUGAUUUUUGCAGGGGCAAAUGUUUUCUUCCUAAGGCUCUGCUUUGUUGUUUUUCUUACAACUGUAACAAGAAAGAAGGUAAUGCUUGAAUUUGUCUGUUUCAAAGGUAAAGUGAUACCAACUACAAUCGACACGAAAUAGGAGUUGCCAACGGUUAGCUUGGGCUGGAUGGAAUAAAUUUCUAAAUAGAUUCAGAUUUCCUUUAACUGAGGAAUAAAAUGUUUCACCCUUGAUAAAGAGUAUAUUGUGUAAAUUCCUGUAGGUUUUCUAGCUUGUGUUGCCAGAUGAAAACUGUGUCAUUCACAAAUCUUUUCCAAAACAUUGGAAUAGGCCCAAUCGAAGUAUUGCUCAAGAUUUCUUGUUCUAUUGUUGUCAUGAAUAUGCUGGCAUAAUUUGGGGCAAAGAGCCCCAUCGCACUGCCUUAAGGGAGGUUUAUAAAAAUUACCUCCCCUAGAUAGCAAAAAACGUCCUCGUUUUUGAGAUGAAACAUUGUUUAAAGUUACAUUUUACAGUAGCUCCUAAGUUUGUUCUUAAUUUGUUCUCAACUUUUGACCAUUUUGUUUUUGACCAGUUGGUUUUUUGCAAGAACAGAAUUCCAAAUCGGUCAAAUCAACCGUCACACUUAGUCCCCCGAGGUUUCUUGA